CUUUUGGAGCGCUUCGGUCCCCCGCAAGCCGACGUCGCCGGAUUUGCGGUCUCUAGGAAGACGAGGACAAAGGGAGGCGGCCGGAAAGGGAGGGCGAAACAGCAGCUGAAAGAAUGGAACUGCCGAGGCCCAAAUCAAUCGAUGCGGCGGCCGUCAGUCAAAGCCCACGAGGCGCACGUCGAGGAUGGCAACUUAUCAACAAAGAAAACCCGCCCGCCUGCCCUCCUCCUGUUGAUAUCCCGCCCGUUUGCGGCCGCUCCCUUUCUUCCCUGCUUGCAAUGGCCUGUAAAGAUUUGUUGGGCAAACCCGAAAGCGGUGCUUGACACCCACGGCAGCACCCAGCUAUUAUGACUCCAUUAAAAAAAACCUCGAUACCCGCCCGGCUCUGCAGGGGCCCUGUUCUCCUCCAUGGCAGCCAAUCCAAACUCUCCUUCCGCUACAAGGAACCACCACUUCAACCGCUCCCUCUAAGGCUCCCUCAUCGUCAGACCACCACAACAGCCACUCUCUCUAAGGCUCUCUCAUCGUCAGCAGAGAUGCACGACGCCAUCUCGCCCACAAUAUACCCCGACUGGCCACGAUCGGAUGCGGAUCUAGUGCCGCUGCCGCGGUGCGAAGGCCCCAAGCUAAAGGCUUUCGACUUUGGCGGCCCGCAGAGGAUCGAGUUUCUCCAGCUUUUGGGCGACGGGGCUCACGGGAUCGUUUUCAAGGUCAAGAUGCGUCACCGGCACUACGCGCUCAAACUGUUCCGGUUCUGCUACGAAGAUGAGUGGCCGUGCAUGAUAAGGGAAUCAAACAUCGACGACCGGGCCGCCCUGACGGCGUUUGCCCAGCACUCAGAGCCCUUCUAUGCCGAGUGUCGCGCUUUUGCGCGCCUUCAAGAGACUGGGCACCAAGAUCUUGCCUUGGCCUGCUUCGGCUACGUGCUCCUGGAUGAGACCCACGAGGCCUUGCUUCUCGAACACUUUCCCGACACCCAGCUGAUCGGCACCGGGUUUUCGGCUACCUUCAAGGAGGCCGACUGCCCCCCAGGAUGUAAUGUGCGGACGAGGUACCCGGGCCGCGACGGCCGGGCACCGCCUAUCCGGGGCAUUGUCAAAGAGCUUGCCGAGGAGGUGCCGGAGAGGGAUCUCAACGAGGCCCUGGCCACCCGGAUGCUGGCUGAUAUCGGCAAGUUCCAGCAGCUCGGUAUCUUCCGCAUCGACGUCACCCCCCGGCAGCUGCUUGGAAACAAGACGGUCAGCGAUCUAAGCAUGGCUUGCACGAUACCGCACUGGAUGGCAACUCGGGCGCUGAACCCCAACCUUACGCCAGCUCUGCUGGAGGCCAUGAGACUCGAGACCUUCAUCCGGGCCAAGGCGGAUUACCUCCAGUUUGACUAUGAAAUCGACUGUUGGAACGACAGGCAUGGCGCUACCGAGGGCGCCAUUGAACUGCGCGCCUUUCCCGGCGGCCAAGGCGCCCCGAAGCUCCGCUCCUACGAGCUGAGGAACAAGGAGGCUCGGGAGCGCGUCUACACCCAUGUCAACCCGACGAGCUACGACUGGAGGCGAAAGUCCAGCGCGUCGAAGCGGCCACUGUGUGCAAAGCCCCGCAAGUGGAUCUACUGCUUUGGCAAGGAUCCCGAGCUGGCCGAGGAGCUGAGGUCCUCCAACCCGGAUGCAGGCAGAUACAUUUUUGAAUACAAGAACGGCUACAUCCAGCCGUGGAUGUAGCUAUGAUGCCAGCAUGGCGGCCAAGGAUGUUGGAUUGCCCAAGACUUUUCUCGCACUGGUUCUCUUUUGUUUCCUUUCCUGUUUCCUUUCCUGUUUCUUUUCCUGUUUCCUGGCUUGUUUCCUAUUUCUGUCUCCUGUUUGUCUCUUAUUCCGUCUCCGUCCUUGUUUCUUUCCUUGCCCUUCAGCCCUUGAACGGAGCCCCGAUCCUUCUUGCGGAACGGGUGCCUGCCAAGUCGUGUAUGAUACGCAGGUCUUUCCUAUCUUCAUUCUCGGAAGCAGGUCAAACGAAAUGCAAUAUCUGUUUGUUUUGUUCCUGGGCAUGUUAGUAGGUGCUCUCCUAUUUAGCCGUACAAGCCGAGAACGAAGACAUCGCCAGCGGUGACGAACACGAACUCAAGCCUUGGACCCUUGGUAGUUGGUGAAUAUAGUUAUUGUGCACGCAA